AUGCAAUGCAUGGUCACGUGAUGCUACUACGUCACAUGUAAACCAGGGGGAAGAUGGCGGCCGCCGGAGGAGAACCUUCUUCUGAGAAUAUGUCGGAUGAAUUAUUUCAAACUUUUAUCUCGGAGGUGAAGCAGAUUGAGAAGAGAGACUCCGUGUUAACCUCCAAGCAGCAGAUUGACAGACUGCUCAGGCCUGGCGCAUCCUACUUUAAUCUCAAUCCCUUUGAGGUCCUGCAGAUUGAUCCAGAUGCAACGGAUAACGAAUUGAAGAAAAGAUUUCGGGCGUUGUCCAUUUUGGUCCAUCCAGACAAAAAUCAGGAUGAUCCAGACAGAGCACAGAAAGCCUUUGAAGCUGUGGACAAGGCAUACAAACUCUUACUGGACCCGGAACAGAAGAAGAGAGCCUUAGAUGUGAUCCAUGCAGGAAAGGAAUAUGUGGAGCAUAUGGUAAAGGAGAAGAAGAAACAGUUGAAGAAGGAAGGGAAACCAUUGGAUGUGGAGGAGGACGACCCUGAAUUGUUCAGGCAAGCAGUUUACAAACAGACCAUGAAGCUGUUUGCAGAGCUUGAAAUCAAGAGGAAGGAAAGGGAAGCAAAGGACAUGCAUGAAAGGAAAAGGGCAAGAGAGGAAGAAAUCGAGGCAGCAGAGAAAGCAAAGCGAGAGAGAGAAUGGCAGAAAAACUUUGAGGAAACAAGAGAUGGGCGUGUGGACAGUUGGAGGACCUUCCAGGCCAAAGGCAAGAAGAGCAAGGAGAAAAAGAACAGGUCGUUCCUCAAGCCCCCGAAAGUCAAGAUGGAACAGAGAGAAUGAUGCUGUAAAAUGGAACUUUAUUAGAUUAAACUCACUGGUAUAAAAAAAAAAAAAACAGUUCUGUAUGUCCUCACCUCGUCAUCUGCAGUCAACUGUGUAGUCGUCACCGGGAUACUACAUCGUCCGACAACUUCCUCACCCUGACCAACAUAGUUUUGUACUUGGUUUUCUAAUGUACAUAUUUGUGAUCUGGACCCCGAGAUCAUACCUGCCUCAUGUAAGAAAGAGAAAAUGAUGCAUCUUCCACUUCUGUAACUGACGAGAUACAUGUGGUUUGUCAUUAUAUUUGAUUUCUGUUCUUUAUUUUUUUUUUUAACUAAAUAAAGCUUGGUCUUAACAAGCCUACCUUACAGUGGUCUACAAAGCUGAGUCUAAACUUUACAGAAAAGUUUAAUCGCUAGGUGAUAUCUAGAGGUAUGUGACAUUGUUUUUGAGGAUCUGGUUGCAAUUAUAGAUCCGUUCAUAAAAUACUGACUGGAUUUACACAGCACCUUGAAAUAUGCUCAUAUUGGAGCACAACAGCAAAAUAUUUCAGUUCGCAGAAAUCUUCAGCAUUUUGAUUUAAGUCUGCAGUAGAAAUGCACAUUUUGCAUUUUCCCCUCCUUUGUCUGAACCGUGAGCCAGUUCAUGACAUAACAACCUUAGUUCUGCAUGUCUUAAAUGUAUUCAUUAAAUUACUGUCAAUAAAGACACCAAAUACCCGA